CGUUCGCACUCUCAGCCCAUCAACAAUACCGAGGAAGGAACGCGCGAGACGCGGUUUAUGAGUUUAUUUAUUAGUUAAAAAUAUUUAAAAUGACGCUUCGGCCAAAAUCGAUAAUCUGUCGCCUAGACUCCUGGAAUCUCAUCAGCGAGAUCCUGGGGUACAUCAUGAGGCGCUUCCUGCGCUCGGCCAUGAUUGUCUUCAGCUGGUUUGUGGUGCCCUACAGCCGCUACACCAACAUCAAGGUGAUUCGGCGCAAAUUGCCACCCAUCCGUAGCCAUCUGCUGGAGAUACCCGCCGUCGAUCUGGCCAAACUGAUUCGCACCAGAAAGAUCAAAAGCGAAGAAGUCGUUGAAGCCUACAUAGAACGCUGUCGACAGGUAAAUCCGCUUAUCAAUGCCAUUGUGCAGGAUCGGUUCGAGGAGGCGCUGGAAGAGGCGCGUGAAAUCGACAAUGUAAUUGCGAUGGGCAUCAAUAGCAUUGAAUCCAUGGAGGAGCACACUCCUCUGCUGGGCAUACCGGUGACGGUGAAGGAGAGCAUCGCCGUCAAGGGCCUGACUAAUCAGGCUGGUCGUGUCUUUAAGACACCGCAAAUUGCCAAAUCGGAUGCACCCGUCGUCGAGCAGAUUAAGCGCUGUGGCGGCAUCAUUUUGCUAGUAUCCAAUACACCAGAGCUGUGUCUGCUUUGGGAGACGUACAACAAUGUGACGGGCCAAACAAAGAAUCCCUAUGAUCUAAAGCGCACGCCAGGCGGCUCUUCUGGCGGGGAGGCCGCAUUGCUGGCCAGUGGCGCCUCCCUGUUGGGCCUCACCUCCGACAUUGGCGGCUCCUCGCGUCUGCCCGCCAUGUUCAGCGGUAUUUGGGGUCACAAACCGACUCCAUAUGCGGUCUCCUUUCGUGGCCAUCAUCCGACCAGCGAUUUUCCGAAAUGGGGUGAUUUUUUCACUAUUGCACCGAUGACACGCUAUGCCAAGGAUUUGCCGUUGCUCCUCAAGUGCAUGAGCGAUCCGACUGGGCCGCGACUGACGCUGGACAAGGCGAUCAGUGUGCAUGGCAUACGCUUCUUUUUCAUGGACAACGAUGGACCGUCGGGCAUGAUGCGUCCCCUUAGCCGGGAUCUGCAUGCGGCCAUCAAUCGGGUUGCCAGCGAUUUCAAUGCGAAACGUGUGAAUAUACGCAAAAUGAAAUGGUCUCUCGAUAUAUCGCUAUCGGCUAUGCUAACGAUGAAAAACAUUGAGACGAUUUACCACAAGACGGAGGAGGGUGAACAGCCCAAGACCGUCUGCAAGGAGACGGUCAAAUAUUUCUUUGGCUGCUCGGACAGCAUUUUACCCUCGGUGAUAUUCGGUCAUUUGCAGAAUUUUAUGAAAAUAAUACCGAAUUCUCGGCACAAGCAUUUGGCCAGCAUCAUUGAGGCGCUCAAGACUGAAUUCAAGGAGCUGCUCGGCACAGAUGGCGUCUUUCUCUAUCCAACAUUCCCCAAUACCGCCCAUCAGCAUUAUCAGAUCUAUCACAAGCUACUGGAACCGAUGUAUAUGGCCAUCUUCAAUACGUUGGGUCUGCCAGUGACCAAUUGUAUGAUUGGCCUGGAUCGCCGUAAUCUACCCAUGGGCAUACAAGUUGUGGCCAAUCCGGGCCAAGACCAUCUCUGUCUUGCCGUUGCCCGCGAAAUGGAGCGACGUUAUGGCGGCUGGGUUCGUCCACCCUCGGAGGAUAGCCACACGUAUGCUCAGGCCAAUGGGAAGCGAGGUUAACUCCCAGACUUUUGUUUGAUUAAUUUAGUGAAUUGUUUCAUUUUGGCAUCCGCAUACAUACAUAUUGUUGACUCCAUCAGUUUUUGGAGUUGAUUCAUAAAAUCAUAUUUGAAUUGUUUACAUCAGCAUCAGCAACAACACCACAUCACUUUUUAGUUGAAGUUUUCACAGAGUAUUAAAUUAUUGUCUUUAUAUUUUCCCAAAAUUUGUUGUAUGUAAAUAUUCUUCUAGGUACUUAGGAUAGCUUAUAAUUAUGUGUAUAUUUCUUUGUAGUGGCUACAUCGAGCAAGAGAACACGAAACCCGGACAUAUAAAAGCCUUCGGUUAUUAUAGAAUUAUUUGAUUUGGGGAAUUUUGCUUGUAAUUUAUACAUGCAAUUUGAAUAAACGUAAACAUAAAUUAUAAAUAUACAUUUUUGCAUCGAGUCAAACUGUUGAAUAAAAAAUUGUAAUAUCAAGCCAA